UUCACAACUUGUUUAUCAAUGUACGUUAUAAAACGAGACGGUACUCAAGAAAAAGUUUUCUUUGACAAGAUCAGUGCACGCAUUAGUAUUCUAUGUAAGGGACUUGACGAAAACUUUGUUGAUCCUCCACAAAUUGCUCAAAAGGUUGUUACCAACAUGUACCCUGGCAUCACAACCGUACAACUCGAUGAACUGGCUGCAGAAAUAGCUGUUGACAUGGCCAAGAUUCAUCCUGAUUAUGGAAUCCUUGCUGCUCGUAUUUCUAUUUCUAACCUCCAGAAAGAAACUAACACAAGCUUUCAUGAAGCGAUCAAAUCGUUGUAUAACGACAACGUUCACCCCAAGACAGGUGCAGCCAACCCUAUUAUCACCAAAGAGUUUUUGGACCUCGUGAGCAAGCAUGCUGAAAAGAUUGAUAGUGUUAUUGACUAUGAACGUGAUUUCUACUUUGACUACUUUGGGUUUAAGAGUUUGGAAAAGAAUUGUUUGUUAAAGAUUGGAACAAAGACGGUAGAACGACCUCAACAUAUGUUUAUGCGUGUGGCUCUUGCUAUUCAUGGAGAAGACCUUGAGUCUGCAUUCAAGGCAUACGAUUAUAUGUCUCGUCAUUUAUAUGUUCCUGGUAUUACAGCCAUGAUCAACGCUGGUACGAUUUGCGGCCAGCUUUCUAGCUUUUUUGGAGUACAGAUGAAGGAUGACAGCAUCGAGGGAAUUUACGAUACAGUCACUAUUUGUGCUCGUAUCGCCAAGGUCUUUGGUUCUGUUGGCAUGAGUUUCCAAAAGAUUCGUGCAUCUGGCUCUUAUAUUGCAGGCACCAAUGGAACAUCAAACGGUAUUAUUCCAAUGCUUCGUGUAUUUAACGAUGCUGCACGUUUCAUUACUCCUGGAUCAAGAAAAGUGAAGAGUACAUUUACUGUCUAUGUUGAACCUUGGCAUGCUGAUGUAUUCGAGUUUAUUGAUCUCUCCAGAAGCAAUGGUGAAGAAAACUUGCGUGCUCGUAAUCUCUUGCUUGGUCUUUGGAUUCCUGAUCUUUUCAUGAAGCGUGUCGAGAACAAUGGAGAAUGGUCCCUGAUGUGUCCUAAUGAAUGUCCUGGAUUAUAUUCUUCUUAUGGUAAAGAUUUUGAGGAACUGUAUGUUCGUUAUGAAAAGGCUGGAAAAGCAAGAAAGACUAUAUCCGCUCAAAAGCUUUGGUUUGCCAUCUUGGAUGCUCAGACGGACAGUGGCAUGCCAUUCUUGUGUUAUAAAGAUACCGUCAAUGAAAAAAGCAACCAAAAGAAUUUGGGCAUCAUCACAGGUUCCAGCUUUAAUGCCAACACAAUGCAGUAUGCUGAUGGAAAUGAAAUCGCAUCCUGCAACACUGCUUCCAUUGUUUUAUCUAAAUGUGUAGAUGUUAACACUCGCGCAUUCAAUUUUGACACUCUAGCUGACAUUGUAAAGGUUGCUGUCAAAAACCUGGACAAGAUGAUUGAUGUGAAUCAGCAUGUGAUGGAAGAGGCCAAGGACAGUGCUUUAAAGCAUCGUGCACUCGGAUUAGGCGUACAAGGGCUUGCUGAUGUUUUCUUGAUGAUGCAGCAUCCAUUUGAUUCUACAGAAGCCCGUGAACUGAACAAGAAGAUCUUUGAACGUAUAUAUUUCGCAGCUCUUGAGGCAUCGAAUGAAUUGGCUCAGAAAGCAGGCCCUUACCCAUCUUAUGAGGGGUCACCUAUCAGUCAGGGUGUUUUGCAGCAUGAUCUAUGGGAAGUCAAAGGUUCUGACGAACUAGAUUGGGACAAUCUUCGCUCAAAGAUCAAAGCACACGGUGUUCGCAAUUCUCUCUUGAUCGCACCCAUGCCUACUCAUCAAACUGGCAUCUACAUGGGUAACAGUGAUGGAACCGAGCCUUAUCAUAGCAUGAUAUACGCACGUCGUGCUCAUUCUGGAGAACGACAUGUGGUCAAUCCUCAUUUACUCAAAGAUUUACUUGAUCGUGGCAUCUGGAGUCCCAAGAUAAAAGAUAUGUUAUUGAAAGAAAAUGGAAGUGUUCAAAAACUGGCUCUGAUUCCUGAAGACUUGAAGAAGUUAUACAAGACAGCUUGGGAAAUCUCUCAACGUGUCAUCAUCGACUUGGCGGUCGAUCGUGCUCCUUUCAUCGACCAAUCUCAGUCUCUCAAUCUGUUUUCUGCUGAUCCCAAUUACAGCAGGCUCUCAUCAAUGCACUUUUAUGCAUGGAAGAAGGGUUUGAAGACAGGUAUACAAUAUUUAAAGACAGAUCCUGAUGAAGCCGUCAAGAUCGUCUUGGGUGAAGAGCCAGCUAAAGAUGAGGUUGAACAGGAUAUAGAAAAGGCCACAGAAAAUAUGGCUGCUAUGGCCUGUUCAUUAGAUGAUCCUGAAGGUUGUGUUAGUUGUAGUGGUUAAUAAGGGCCAACGAGUGUUUAUUUUUUAUAUAAAUA